UUGACUGUUGGGAUGGCCCAGAUGGAGAGCCAGUAGUACACCAUGGAUAUACCCUUACUUCAAAAAUUCUCUUCAGAGAUGUUGUGGAGACCAUCAACAAGCAUGCCUUUGUGAAGAAUGAGUUCCCGGUGAUAUUGUCUAUUGAGAAUCACUGCAGUAUCCAGCAGCAAAGGAAGAUUGCACAGUACCUGAAAGGGACAUUCCAGGACAGACUGGACCUGUCGUCUAUAGACACAGGAGAAUGCAAGCAGCUCCCAAGUCCUCAAAGCUUGAAAGGCAAAAUCCUAGUGAAGGGCAAGAAGUUACCUUAUCACCUUGGGGAUGAUGCAGAGGAAGGGGAAGUUUCUGACGAGGACAGUGCAGAUGAAAUUGAAGAUGAAUGCAAGUUCAAGCUCCAUUAUAAUAACGGGACCACUGAGCAUCAGGUAGAAUCUUUCAUAAGAAAAAAACUGGAGUCACUGUUAAAAGAAUCCCAGAUUCGAGACAAAGAAGAUCCUGACAGUUUCACAGUGAGGGCUCUACUGAAGGCCACGCAUGAAGGCUUAAAUGCACACCUGAAGCAGAAUCCAGACAUGAAGGAAAGUGGAAAGAAAUCACAUGGACGCUCCCUUAUGACCAACUUUGGGAAGCACAAGAAAGCCACAAAAUCACGGUCUAAAUCCUAUAGUACUGACGAUGAGGAGGACAUACAGCAGAAUCCGGGCAAGGAGGGUGGCCAAUUGUAUAGGUUGGGCCGACGAAGGAAAACCAUGAAGCUUUGCCGAGAGCUCUCUGACUUGGUGGUAUACACAAAUUCCGUGGCAGCACAGGACAUUGUGGAUGAUGGAACCACAGGAAAUGUGUUAUCCUUCAGUGAAACAAGAGCACACCAGGUGGUGCAGCAGAAAUCAGAGCAAUUCAUGAUCUACAACCAGAAGCAGCUCACGAGGAUUUACCCCUCUGCCUACCGCAUCGACUCCAGUAACUUCAACCCUCUGCCCUACUGGAAUGCAGGCUGCCAGCUGGUGGCACUGAACUACCAGUCUGAGGGUCGAGGGAUGCAGCUCAACCGAGCCAAGUUCAAGACAAAUGGCAACUGUGGCUACGUGCUCAAACCCCAGCAAAUGUGCAAAGGUACUUUCAACCCUUUCUCUGGUGAUCCACUUCCUGCCAACCCCAAAAAGCAGCUCAUCCUGAAAGUGAUCAGUGGACAACAACUCCCCAAACCUCCAGACUCCAUGUUUGGAGACCGGGGCGAGAUCAUCGAUCCCUUUGUUGAAGUUGAAAUUAUUGGGUUGCCAGUAGACUGUUGUAAAGAUCAAACUCGUGUGGUAGAUGACAAUGGAUUUAACCCUGUGUGGGAAGAAACUCUGACUUUUACAGUCCAUAUGCCUGAAAUAGCUUUGGUUCGGUUCCUUGUGUGGGAUCAUGACCCUAUUGGACGAGACUUCGUUGGACAAAGAACUGUAACUUUUAGCAGCUUAGUGCCUGGCUACCGGCAUGUCUAUUUGGAAGGACUCACAGAAGCAUCCAUUUUUGUCCACAUAACCAUCAAUGAGAUCUACGGAAAGUGGAGCCCUUUAAUCCUCAACCCCAGUUAUACCAUAUUGCACCUUCUAGGAGCUACCAAGAACAGACAGCUCCAAGGUCUGAAGGGACUGUUCAAUAAGAAUCCCAGGCACAGUUCUUCUGAAAACAAUUCCCAUUAUAUUCGGAAACGAUCAAUUGGAGAUAGAAUUUUGCGUCGGACGGCCAGUGCUCCAGCAAAAGGCAGAAAGAAGAGCAAAGUGGGCUUCCAAGAAAUGGUGGAGAUAAAGGAUUCUGUGUCUGAGGCCUCAAGAGAUCAAGAUGGCGUCUUGAGGAGGACCACACGGAGUUUGCAAGUACGCCCUGUCUCUAUGCCCGUGGACAAAAGCCUGCUGGGGGCUUUGUCACUGCCUGUAUCUGAAACAGCAAAAGACAUUGAAGGAAGAGAGAGCCCUCUGGCAGAAGAGAAGGAACACAGAAGAACAGUGAAGCCAAGUAUAAAUGAUCCACAGUUUCCACAUUUCAACAUAAAGUUGUCCUCAUCCUCCAGUGCUCUUCUCCAGAAAGAUGGCAGCCAAGUGGACACCACUGUUUCUACUGCCAAUGUGUCAAUCACAGGAGGACAGACCGGAGUGCCAGGUCCUAAGGGCGGAAGAACCAAAUCAAAUUUAACAGCUGAUUGCCAGGAAAACCACUGUCCCAACAAAUCCCUCUCUCCAAGGCAGCAUUUGGCUUUUGAUCCUGCAGUUAACCGAACACAAGUUCUCUAUGGAGUGAAAACCAAGGAAAAGGGGAAAGCUGAGGGCUUUGUGGAAGGGAAAAGCACACUGUCGGAAAGCAUCCUUUCUCAAAGUACUCUGGAAAUCAAAAACCUGGAAUGCAGCAGGGCCAGGGAUGGCGCUCCAACAUCCUUUUCUCUGUCAGAUGUUUCUACACUCUGUUCUGAUAUACCUGACCUCCAUUCAACUGCCAUUCUGCAGGACACUGAAAUUUCCCGUCUUAUUGACAAUGUCACUUUCACAAAUGAGAAUGAGCCAGGCAGUUCCAUCUCUGCACUGAUUGGCCAGUUUGACGAGACUAACCCUCAGGCAAACCUCACAGUGGUUUCUCAUUCUCAGAGCACCAGUACAAUGUCAGGUCAUCUUCCCUUGCCCACCACGGGCUUAAACUCAUCCUUUAAGCUUGGUUUUUCCAAGGGAAAAGCCAAGUCAUCCUUCCUGUGCUCAUCUCCUGAGCUGAUCUCACGCCCAAGUCCUGAGACCACCAAACUUGCAACAUACACAAUAGUUUGUGAAACAACGAGCACGCCCAUCUCAAAAACCAAACCAGAGGAUGAACUUCCUGGUAAGACCAAAACAAGGGCCAUGGAAGGCCAACAGCCUGGGUCCCCUAAUGCUUCUCAUGGCUGGCUUGCCAGAAGUCCCACCAGUAGAGAGGACCUAGGAAUACUAAGGGGUGGCAGUCCUGCUGUGUCCACUGACUUGACACUGGAUUACAUAGUAGCUGAUCCCACUCUCUAUGUGAAUUCUGGAGAGAGCAGCCUUGUGGACAUUGACGGAGAGUCAGAAACUCUGUCUCUAAGCAACUAUGAAUAUAGGAGAGAGGGCACAACUCAACUUGCUUCUCCUUUAAAACUGAAGUGCAGCCAGGAGAUGGUGGAACACUUUCAAAGAGGCUUGAAAAACGGUUACUGUAAAGAGACUCUCCACCCUUCCAUCCCUGAAGUAUUCAACAAUAUUCAUGGUGUCAAAAAUCAAAGUAUUUCCUGUCUAACCUAUCAGGGUGCUGGCUUUGUGCAUAACCGUUUUUCAAAUUCAGAUGCAAAAAUGAACCAAAUCUGUGAAUCCCAACAGCCUAGUGCUCAAGAUAUGCAUGUUUCUAUGGCCAAGCAGUCAACACAUGCUCCUCUGCCUGCUUUGAAACUGCCUAGUCCAUGCAAAUCCAAAAGUCUGGGGGAUUUAACCUCCGAGGAUAUUGCCUGCAAUUUUGAAAGCAAGUACCAAUGUAUUAGUAAAAGUUUUGUGGCAACUGGUGUUCGAGACAAGAAGGGUGUGACUAUGAAGACAAAGUCAUUAGAGCCUUUAGAUGCGCUAACUGAGCAGCUUCGGAAGCUGGUGUCCUUAGACCAAGAAGACAACUGCCAGGUGCUGUGUUCAAAGCAGGAUGCUAGUCAGUUUCCCCGGGCACUGGUCAGAAAGCUGUCAUCUAGAAGUCAGAGCAGAGUGCGCAAUAUUGCCAGUCGUGCAAAGGAGAAGCAGGAAGCCAGCAAGCAAAAAGUUGUGAAUGCCAGCAGCGGGGGAGCAGUGGUUCUAAGAAACAAAGCCUCAGCACCUGGCUUGACUGUGAACCGCCACUCUACUGGCUCAUACAUUGCGGGCUAUCUGAGGAACACCAAAGGGGGCAGCAUGGAGGGGCGCGGCAUUCCCGAGGGGGCGUGCACGGCCCUUCGCUAUGGCUAUGUCGACCAGUUUUGUUCAGAUAGUUCAGUUUUGCAGACUGAAUCAAGCAAUGAUGAUAAACCAGAAAUUUAUUUUCUUUUGAGACUGUGA